AUGGGUCCAAAAGCUGCUUCCACCACCAAAAAAACCACAACCACUAAACCAAAACCAAAUCAUCCAACCUAUCAAGUUAUGAUUUCACAUGCUAUUGCUGCUCUCAAAGAACGUUUCGGUUCAUCUCAACCAGCUAUCAUUAAAUACAUUGAAAAUAACUACAAUGUUGGUGAUUCAGAAAAUUUCAAGAGACAAUUAAGACUUGCCCUCAAACGUUUACUCAAAGACGGUGUUUUAGUUCAAAUUAAAGCCAGUUACAAACUCUCUGAAGAAGGUAAAAAAGCCCACAAAUCUGAAGGUGGUGCUGCUACCAAAAAACCAGCUGCUGCUACCGCUGUUGUUAAGAAACCAGUUUCUAAAAAACCAGCUGCCAAAAAACCAGCCGAAACAGCCGCUCCAAAGAAACCAGCUGCCAGAAGAGUUACUAAAAAACCAGCUGCCGCUGCUGCCAAAAAGAAUGCUGCCAAAAAACCAACUGCCGCUCCAACCAAGAAAGCAGCUGGCAAACCAGCAGCCAGAAAAGCUCCAGCCAAAAAGUAAACUUUCUGAUUUCUCUUUUUUUUUUUUAAAAAAAAAAUUGGUUGUGAAGCCAAAC